CUGAACUAGAAGGCGACAAUGCUGAGCUCGUGUCAAGCCAUUUCCUUUCAUUGCUUUAUGGCCCUCAAAGUGAUUUGCUAUUGAACGGAAUAAUGGUUGUGUCCAUUAUUGCUUUAUUACUGCUACUUGUUUCUACUGGCAUGUUCAUCAGUGUCAAGUACAAACAAAAGACUGAUAUUGCAACGAAAGAUGAUCUGCUUAUGAAAAGUGUGCAACUGGAAGGGUAUUUGAAGAAAACGGAAAGAGUCUGGAAGCUUUUGCCAAGGUAUCUUCACACCAACCCGUAUGGUCCUUUCUAUUUGCUAGACGGUUUCCAGUCUGAUGAGCUUAUCUCAAGUGAUUUGUCUAACUUACGAAUUGCUGGAAGACUUCUUAAAGAGGGAUGUGAGAGGCAGGUUUGUGUAAACAACGUGAAGAACUUGGCAGUUAAACUACUUGGGGAAGAAAUGGUCAUUUUGCUGAUAGCUGUCUCAGGAGUUUAUCAACUAUGUCAACCGCAAGAAAACUACAGGGACCGCUAUUAUAAAUCAGUUCAAGUAAUAAAAAAUAUGGUCAUUUUGAAAUCUGAUGAAAGUGAAGACAGUCCUGGCAGUUUGGCGGAUGUUGGAGAUGGUUACGAUGCACACGACUUGGACGGGUGUACAAAUGCAAUGGACUCUGUCAAGGAAGGGCAGUAGACUGCAGAGAAGGGAAAAGUAGGCAAAGCAACAUGGUAGUCACUAGCUUGGUUUCAAUAGUUCAGUGCAUGGAAUCAGCAGUUGACUUGCACGGACAGCAUCUUAAUGGAUUUAUUACGGUUGUCAACAUAAUUAUCAUAGGCGUUGGGACUUGGGACUGGGGAGACUGGGGGCAAUCAACUUUCCGGCUGUCAAGUGACCUGCUAAUAUCUAAGGACGACAAACGUAGAAACUGAUAACACUGACAUGACAUACAGUAUUACUGCACUAACACUAAAUGUUAGUGUUGGUUUCCUGAUUUUGCUGUGUAGCAUGCAUACACUUAUGAUAUAUGCCCU